AAAGCUUCCAUCCACGAACAACGCGCUUUCCUUUCAAGGCAGGGCAGCAUCCUUUAUUUAUUCUUCUCCCACUUGCCAUUUUCGCUUUGUUCGCUUUCACGCUUCAAUCAGUUCAAAGCAUUUGGUUUGGCAUCUGCAUUCGAGUUCCAAAUUUUGAGUUAUUUCCAUUAAAAGUUAGGGUUUUUAAUUCGAUACUUGCAUUAAAGGUGAAAGAGAAAAGAUUUGGGGUUUUUUUUUUCUUUUUUUGCGUUGAUUCUUUCUCAGUGAGGCUUAGUUUAGUUCUUGCUCGAUCUGGUUUAUAAUGGCUUCAGUGGGAUCUUCCUAUUGGUGCUACAGAUGCAAUCAGUUUGUUAGGGUUCGAAUUGGGGCUGAUGAAACCUUGCUUUGCCCUGAUUGUGGGUCUGGUUUUAUAGAAGAAAUCAGGACUCGUACUCACUCUCCUUUCCAUCGAUUCCCUUCGCCAUCAAUUUACGUCGACGAUGAGUCUAGCUUAGAGCAAGGAGCCAGCCCAAGAAUCCGCCGUGGCCCGCGGAACGCCGGCGAUCGAUCCCCUUUUAACCCUGUUAUCGUCCUCAGUGGACCCGCCGAUGGCGGUGGCGGUGGAAAUGAAGGGGUUGGCAUUGAAAGAGGGAACUUCGAGCUUUAUUACAACGAAGGUACAGGUUCGGGUCUUCGGCCGCUUCCUGCAAGUGUUACAGAGUUCUUGAUGGGUGCUGGAUUUGACCACCUUCUGGACCAAUUGACUCAUUUAGAAGUCACGGGAAUAGGACGAUUACAUCAAACUCCAGCAUCGAAAUCUGCAAUCGAAUCGAUGCCCAUCGUCAAGAUUGUUGCCACACAUGUUUCGGCGGAAUCACAUUGUGCAGUUUGUAAGGAACCCUUCGAGCUUGACUCGGAUGCUCGUGAAAUGCCUUGUAAGCACAUUUAUCAUUCUGAUUGUAUCCUUCCAUGGCUCUCAAUUCGUAAUUCCUGUCCAGUUUGUCGCCAUGAGUUACCUACUGAGAUGCGUGGGAGUAGUAGUGGCAGAAACUCCCCUGUGUCUAACGGCGGAAGGGAUGAUCAUACUGUGGGAUUAACUAUAUGGAGACUACCUGGUGGUGGUUUUGCUGUAGGAAGGUUCACUGGGGGAAGAAGAGCUGCUGAACGUGAACUUCCUGUUGUAUAUACAGAAAUGGACGGUGGAUUCAAUAGUGUGGGGGUUCCACGGAGGAUAUCUUGGGAAACGAGUGUGAGGAGAUCAAGGGAGACACGGGGAUUAGGUAGUGCUUUCCGGAACUUCUUCUCACACUUCGGGUGGCUUAGGACUUCCUUCUCCCGUUCUUCCAGUACUGAUUCAAAUGUGAGCCGAAGAACUCGAUCUAAUACAAUAUUAUCUAGAUUCUCAAGAAGGCGCAACUAGUCCUGAUCUAUGGAAAAUACAAAUGUGAGGAGGUAACUUCAAAUUGUAUGACUCACAUUGAAUUGAGGAUGCACCUUUAAAUUUUAUGACUCACACAUGAUAAACAGCUCUGGAGUCUGGAGUUACUGCAUUUAAAUUUGGAAAGGAUGGAAUUUUGGAAUUUGUACGUGGUAAGAUUUUGUUAGAAUGGAAGAAAGUUGUGCUGUUAAGGUGGGCCUUAGCAUUAUGGAAUUUGCCUUGGCAUUAUGGAAUUUGAAAUAAUAGUGAAGUUUAAGGGAAGCCUAAGUUGUUGGAGUAAGGCAUCAGAAAGGCCCUUGCUUGUUGAUGAUGAGGGUGGGUGCCUUCAGCCAGUUGCAUGCCUUUGGCAGAUUUGGCUGCCUUACUGCCUUUAUUAGGGAAUCCAUGUGCAUCACCUUUGCAUCCUAAGUGAGAUCUCAGUUCUUUUUGUAUUUCUUGUUAUCAUUUUUCAGAAAAUACAAUCGAGGGUGCUAAAAA